UGAAGUACAGGGUAUAGUCGUGUGAUGCCACAGUAUCUCACGCGUUAAGGGCAGAUGAGCAUGGAUCUUACAUAAGGAAAAAGUACUUGUCGUAAUUAUUCGUAUGUCUGCUGGGGCUAUUCGGUUGAUUAGUCUGGCUGACUACCGAUCAAUUUGGGGGGAUUUUUAGAUUAUGUGUCAACUCAUUGUUAAUUAACCGCGUAAUUGAAAAGUUCAUUUAAAAGUGGCGUUCAUUCAUUUAACACACGUUCACAUGCACAAACAUAGCCACAGGCAUUCAUAAAUUGAUUCAUUUUUGGUUCGUUUACCUUUUGCACAACCUGAUGGCACAGUUUUCUUCUGUAUAAACAUGUUGCAUUCAUAUUUAUUUAUUCGAUUAUUGUGCUCUUGAACUAGAGAUCAAAUGAACACAAUGGCCAAACCAAAUUAAAAGCCAUAAGGUUGGCAAUUAUAUAACUUUAGCGCCGGAGACUGCAAUUGCAACAGGCAAAUGGCAGCAACAACAAUUAUAAAUAUUAUGCAGUGCAUUCCACCUAUUUACCUACAUGUGUGUGUGUGUGUGUGUGUGUGUGUAUAUCUGCUUGACAUGUUCUCCAAUCUCGGCCAUAGUCGCUAAUUAAAAGGUUUAAGGCUAAAAUUAGCAUAGGAGGCAAUGGCAAUUCAAAGUGAAUACAACUACAGAUGCACCUCACAGCGACACGCACAAAAUGAGAGACCUACACAUACACACAAACACACAACACACACACACACACAAACAUAAGCUAAUUCGCGUGUUUGUUGUUCAUGAAACACAAAUUCAUGCGAUACGAGAUGGAGAAAUGGACCUCGGCAACAACAAAAAAUGCCCAUAGGCUUGUACUCUACGUAUGUUGAAUGGAUGGGUAGGUGGUGGUGGUGUUUAUGGGGCAGAAGAGCAGGGGCCAGGGGGCUUACUAUUUUGUUGAGCAUGAGCUGCGUGUCGUCAUAUUAGAUGGCAUCGCAUGCGAGCAAUUAUCCGCAUAAUCUUGUAAUACUAACCUAAACCCAAAAUGAUGUCGAAAGGCAAUUUAGUGGCAAGUUUUCUUUUCGCCUCGCAAGUAGCUUUAAUUCACUUAACUAGUUGUUCGCGUGUGUGUGUGCUUAGAUAUGUGAGUGUUUGUGUGGCCUGUGAUUAUGCAUAUAGGCAGUAAAUACAUUUGGUGUUUUCGCUGAUGGAAAUUACGUAUACGCACGGUGUGCGCAGUUUGUACUUGCAGAAACUUUUUCGAGUGAAAUUCUAGAUAAGCUUAAUGGGACUUUGGCCUUCAAGUUAACUCAUAAAUAAGUUAACUAUUAUUAAAUAAAUUAAUCCGGCUAGUAGAACCUUGUAAAUUACAUAUAAUCUGUCCUUGUAUGCUUAUGUCGAAAAGAAUUCAGCGAUACUUUGUUUACAUAUUUACACCUAACCAUUGCAACUGUUAAUAUGCCCCAUUCCGUAGGGUGUAGCGCAACGAAGCAACCAAUUUUUGACCAGCUUUGGUCCGUCCUGUUUGUCUCUGCUGUCCAAUUGUUUUGUGAAAUUAAAUUAAAUUGAUUGAAUUUAGACUCAAUUCAAAGCUGAACCCGGGACGGAGGUCAAAGCGGAGGUGCUACCGUUUACAGGGUAUGCAUGUAUGCGUGUAUGCCGGUGUGUGUGUAAACGUGUGCGCCAGUGAUAAUGACACUAAUUUGAGAACGAAAAGUUUGUUGUUGCGACUGCUGCAGCUGCUGCUGCUAAUGUUUAUGCCGUAUUAUUACAGCACUUCUUGUUGUUGUAGCUGUUGUCUGUUCAAAAGUUGUUUUUGUUUAGCCGACAUUAGCACACAUUAAUGGAACCGGAAGUUGCCGCUGCUUAGGGUGCUUUCAAAUGAGGUAAAUAGGUCGAAUGCUGGGCCUACGGCAAUGUGAUCGGCUUAGGUGCAGGUUGAUGCAUUUCCAGAAGGUCAAAGACCCAUUGAUAUCAAUACAACAAUCAUGUUCUGCUAGGCUGUCAAUAUUUACGUUAUGCCCUGUCGCGCAAACUGAAUGGCAGCAUACGCACACAUAUACACACACACACACACACACACACACACACACACACACACACACACACACACACACACACACACACACACACACACUCAUACACUGCCUGGGCAGUAAACACAGAUCACAAUCAUUGCGACUACAUGGAAGCCAAUCUCGUCUCCACCUCUACCUCCGCCGCUGACGCCAUCUCCUUUUCUUUACUGAUCUAUGCUUUUUUGAGGGGUUUAUUUAAGCGCCGCGUUGUCGACGUCGCCAUCGUCGUCGCCGUCGCCGCCGCCACCACCGCCGUUGUCUUCAUUCAAUUGUUUGUCGCGCGCCGUGAUUGCGUCCAGCUUGACCGGCGCACUGGACAGCCCCAGCCGGAGCUGGCACUUUUAGUAGGCAAUGCGCGUGCGACUGAUGCGCUCGCACUAGAUCACGCUGCUUGGUGCUCUCGAUUCUCGGUUCUCGGUUCUCGGUGCUCGGUACUCGAUUCUCGGCUCUUUGGUUGGCGGUUAUUCAUUUUUCAUUGCUUCGCAAUUGCGACGCGCAAAAAAUUGUGUUUAAUUAAAGUAUAAAAGGCCACAGCGCAUAUUCGGCACUAUUCGUUACCGUAUCCAUAUUCGUUACACAUAUUCAUAUUCAUAACCGCGCGCUAUGAGUCGCCACAGCCCGUUGAAGCUGGCGCUGGUGCAGGUGCACGGGGUUCAAAUGUCGCCUACGCCACCCGCCGCUCGUGCGCAUCGCAUCAAGCUGGGACUAGGGGUUAAUCAGCAAACGGGCCGUGUACAGUGGUGUCCCGGUCUAACAUGCUGUAAAUUGCUUUUGCUGCUUCCAGUGGUGAUGCUGCCAUUGACAUUGGUGCUGCUGCUGCUACUGCGGCUGGAUGGAAUGCUGCAGGCUCUUCAACUAAACGAACAACGCAUGCGCGAGCAACGCAGAGCGGCAGACUCGAUGCCCGGCUAUCUGGAUGACUACGAGUCACUGCUGCCGGAGGGCGACAGCUACAAUGAGCUAAUCAAUGAUGAGUUUCUGUUGCCGCAGGCAAAACGCGCCCGGCUGGAGACACUGACGGAACGAGCCAGACGCUGUCUGCCUUAUCGCUAUGCGAAUGGUGAGACUUUGGAGCUGGAGGAUCGCAGCAUUUUAAUGAAGGAUGCGCGCACCUCGUUUCUGCCACAUGGCUCUGGACUCGGCUCGAUGCCACGCGAAUGUUUCGGUAAUGAACUGUUUGUGCCCACCGCAACCGAAACGGAUACGGUGGUUGACGACGAUGCGGGUUCAGAGUUUGACACAAGUCACAAAAAGGGCAUGCCCAAGCGCUAUCCGGAAACGGUGCAGUACUGGUCGCGGCGGCAGACAGCACGUGAACGACGCGAGGCACAGCAACAGCGGAUGAAUAAUAUGGAAUCCGAGUUACUCGACAGCCCGCUGCAAUCUUUCUGGCAUGAGCAGGGCACACGGGAGGAUAUACGGCAGGCACAGGCCAAAACCAUGCAGCGUUACAUGAACACCCAUGUGGAUCCCUGCGUGGAUUUCUACAAGUUCGCCUGCGGUAACUGGGAGAAAUUGCAUCCCAUACCCAAGGACAAGGCGGGCUUUGACACCUUCGAAAUGCUGCGUGAGAGUCUGGAUCUGGUGCUGCGAAAUCUGCUCGAAAAGAAUAUGCAGCAGCCCAGUCCAGAGACGCGUGUGCGCCAAAACGUGUUCAAACUGAACGAGCAGGAGCCUGAAACAGAUCAAGCGUCCGAACUGAAAGCCGAACGCCUGCGCCGGCACAUUGUGCACCGGCGGCAUUUACUUAACCGGGUGCUGGUGCGAUAUAAACGCUUCAGCAAUGGCACCAAACGCAAACGGCUGAUUGAGCCGACGCGUGAAAAGUCGAAAGAAGAGGAAGCGGCGGCUACAGCGCGUAACAACAAGGAUAAAGACCAUGACAAAGACAAGGAGAGAGUCAAAGAGGAAUCAAUGCAUCAGCCGCCCGGCCCUGGAAGCCCCAAUGAGUUUUUGAAGUCCAAGCACGAUGCUCAGGUCAAGGCCAAGAAUCUCUACAAAUCCUGCGUGAACAGCGAGCUGCUUAGCCGCCGCGGCCUAGAGCCGCUGCACACGCUAAUACGCCAGCUGGGCGGCUGGCCAGUGCUCGACUCAGAUUGGCGCAGCACCCACUUCAACUGGCAACAGCUGGCCGCCACACUUCGUCGCUACAACAAUGACAUACUCAUCGUGCAGUGGGUGGGCGCCGAUAUCAAGAACUCCGAAGAGAAUAUCAUACAGUUUGAUCAAACUGGCCUGGGGCUGCCCACUCGCGAAUACUUCCUGCAGCAGAACAACGCCAAAUACCUAAAUGCCUAUCAGCGCUACAUGGCCGAGGUAAUGAACAAACUGGGCGCCAGCAAAUCGGAUGCAUCACACACCGCCACCGAGCUGAUUGCCUUUGAGACGCGCCUUGCGGCGAUUACAGCGCCAGCUGAGCAGAGACUCAAUGUGACCAAGCUCUACAAGCGGAUGUCGCUGCAGCAGCUGAAAGCUUUAGUGCCACAGAUAGGUUGGACUGCGUAUUUGAGUACGCUGCAGGGACGCAAUGUCAAUGAAACGGAGCAAGUGGUCAUCUAUGCGGUGGAGUACAUGAAGCAACUUGUGGCACUGCUCGCCGUUACAGAGCCACGCACUGUCGCCAACUACAUGAUGUGGAGGUUUGUGCGGCACCGCAUCAACAAUGUGGACGAUCGAUUUGACGAUAUCAAGCAGAAUUUCUAUCAUGCGUUAUUCGGGCGCGAGGAGAGUCCACAGCGCUGGAAGGUCUGCAUAGCGCAGGUGAACACCAAUAUGGGCAUGGCCGUCGGCUCCAUGUUUGUGAGUCGGUAUUUCGACGACAACAGCAAGCGGGAUACACUGCGCAUGACCCAUGAGCUGCAGCAGGCAUUUCGCGAUAUACUUAAGACUACUGACUGGCUGGAUCAGACCACCAAGCUUCUGGCCGAGGAGAAGGUAAAUGCCAUGUCCCUUAAGAUUGGCUAUCCGGAUUUUAUACUGAAUGCCGAAGAGCUAAACGAAAAGUAUGCGGGCAUCGAUAUACAUCCGGACAAGUACUUUGAGAACACGCUCAAUGUGCUGCUGCACACGGCCAAGAUGGAGCAGGCCAAGCUGCACGAGCGUGUAAACAAAACCAACUGGCAGACGGCACCGGCGAUUGUGAAUGCCUACUACAGCCGCAACAAGAAUCAGAUCAUGUUUCCCGCUGGCAUACUACAGCCACCGUUCUAUCAUCGCCAUUUUCCCAAGUCGCUGAACUUUGGCGGCAUCGGUGUGGUCAUUGGACAUGAGCUAACCCACGGCUUUGACGAUAAGGGUCGGCUCUUUGAUAGCAAUGGCAAUAUACACAAAUGGUGGACGGACGCGUCUAUUCGCGGCUUUGACGAUCGCGCCCGCUGCAUCAUUUCACAGUACGGCAAUUACACGGUCGAGGAGGUUGGCAUAUCGCUCAACGGCGAGAGCACGCAAGGUGAGAAUAUUGCGGACAAUGGCGGACUGCGACAGGCAUUUCACGCCUACAUGCGUUGGAUAAACGAAAACCCACACGAGGCCAAAGAUGAGAUGCUGCCGGGCCUAAAUAUGACCGGACCGCAGCUAUUCUUUUUGAAUUUCGGUCAGGUAUGGUGCGGUGCCAUGCGGCCGGAAGCGAUACGGAACAAGCUGAACACAGCUAUACACAGUCCCGGACGGUAUCGAGUAAUCGGCACACUCUCCAACUCGUACGACUUUGCGCGCGAGUUCAACUGUGCGGCGGGCACGCCCAUGAAUCCCCACAAAAAGUGCAGCGUCUGGUAGUCGCUAUCUAUUGUUACCUAUAGCCUAAGAGUAUUACAGACGAUCUAUUCCUAAAGAAAACCAAUGCAGACCGUUGGAUCUAUCGCUAACUAAUUGCUCCACAUUUGAAGCGACUUGAUUAGGAGUAUGUGUCGGCUGUCAGCUUCCUCUGAGCUGGCUUGUUGUGGUCUUGUCAACAACAACGUCGCACUUCACUUGGGCCCAUUGCGCCACAAUUCACAUUCACUUAAUUAAUGGUGAUUUAUGCCCACUAGUUGGAUUGCAAGUAACUGCCUUCCUAUGCGGUUGUUGUUCUCCCUCUUGCUAUGUUAAACUUCUUCAAUUGUCUUUCCAAUAAGCUUGCAAUUCUUAUGCGCCAAUUUGUGAAUUCAAACAAUUCACUAAUUAAUCAUAUGUAUUCAAAUUUAAAUUGCACAUUCAAAUCUAAAAAAAAAAAUAUUAAAGAACAAAUGAUGACCCAAUUUAUAAGAACCCAUAAGUUUGAUAGUUUGAACCGUUUAGGAAGAUAAUUUUCUAUACCUAGUGUACAUUCUUGAGGUUUUCAAUUUCUGAAAAAAGAAUAAGCGAGGGGGCUGCAUUAAAUAUUUCCAAAAAUUUAGUUUUCAAAAAUCAUUUCCUAGAAAAUAUCAUUUCUAAAUGUUUCAAACUCCUAAAAA